UACUUAAUUGACAAAUCUACGGGCUGACAGAGAGCUCUCUCCAAGUUAGCUGAGUUGUUUAUUACAGUAACGUCGUAUCUACUCAUUCUGAUUGCAGCCGAGCCUUCAGCGGAAUAUAGUGACCUGUUUUUAUACUAACGCCAGUGAGGGGUGGCGUGAUUUAGCAGCAGUUACUUUUAAAAGCCACUCACAGUUGCUCUGGGGGGCGGAGAGUCUGCAAAGUGCUGCGCCGAUUGGGGCGCUCGAUCGGGGGAAGAGAGAUGGCGUGCUUGUUGGAGGCCCCUCUCCGCAUCAGUGUGCUGUCUGAAGUCACUGCCACUAGUCGCCAUUAUGUUGACAGACUGUUCGACCCCGACCCACAGAAAGUGCUGCAGGGAGUCAUCGACAUGAAGAAUGCAGUUAUAGGAAACAACAAACAGAAGGCCAAUCUGAUUGUCCUUGGAGCUGUGCCAAGGUUACUGUACCUGCUGCAGCAGAGCUCGUCCAGUCUGGAGCUGCGGACAGAGUGUUCUGUGGUGCUGGGCAGCCUAGCCAUGGGCACUGAGAACAACAUCAAGUCCCUGGUGGACUGUCACAUCAUCCCUGCCCUUCUUCAAGGUCUCCUGUGUCCGGACCUGAUCUUCAUUGAAGCUUGUCUUAGAUGUCUCAGAACGGUCUUCAUAAGUCCAGUAACCCCUGUGCAGCUGCUCUAUACUGACUCCACUGUGAUUCCUCAUCUAAUGUCUCUACUGAGCCGCUCACAGAGAACCCAGGAGUACAUCACACAGAUCUUCUCUCACUGUUGUAAGACCCCAGAGCACCAGACGGUUCUUUUCAACCAUGGCGCCAUCCAGAACAUUGCUCCUCUACUUAUCUCACCCUCUUAUAAGGUCCGGAUGCAGGCUUUAAAGUGUUUCUCAGUCCUGGCCUAUGAGAACACUCAGGUCUCCAUGACACUGGUGAAUGUGCUGGUUGAUGGUGAGCUGCUUUCUCAGGUAUUUGUCAGAAUGAUGCAAAGGGAUCAACCCAUUGAAAUGCAGCUAACAGCAGCCAAAUGUCUAACAUACAUGUGUCGAGCCGGUGCUAUCAGGACAGAUGACAGCUGCGUAGUCCUAAAGACUCUGCCGUGCCUCGUGCGGAUGUGCAGUAAAGAGCAUUUGCUUGAAGAGAGGGUAGAGGGUGCAGAGACGCUGGCCUACCUGAUGGAACCCGACGUGGAGCUGCAGAGGAUCGCAAGCACCACGGACCACCUGGUGGCAAUGUUGGCUGACUACUUCAAAUACCCCAGCUCUGUGUCUGCCAUCACUGACAUCAAGAGGCUGGAUCAUGACCUGAAGCAUGCUCAUGAACUGAGACAAGCUGCUUUCAAACUUUACGCAUCACUAGGAUCCAAUGAUGAGGACAUCCGCAAAAAGAUCACAGAGACAGAGAAUAUGAUGGACAGGAUAGUCAGUGGUCUAUCAGAAUCCAGCAUUAAAGUCCGUUUGGCAGCUGUCAGGUGUCUUCACAGUCUUUCGCGGUCGGUGCAACAGCUAAGGACCAGCUUCCAUGACCAUGCUGUGUGGAAACCCCUCAUGAAGCUGUUGCAGAACGCACCAGAUGAAGUCCUGGUCAUGGCCUCCUCUACACUAUGCAAUCUACUGCUGGAGUUCUCACCCAGCAAAGAGCCCAUCCUGGAGUCAGGGGUGAUUGAAUUACUAUGCAAUCUGACCCAGAGUGACAGUCCUGCACUGAGGGUCAAUGGAAUCUGGGCCCUGAUGAACAUGGCAUUCCAGGCAGAUCAGAAGGUGAAGGGAGAGAUUGUUCGGUGUCUGGGGACAGAACAGUUGUUCCGCUUGCUAUCGGACCCCGACACCAAUGUGCUGAUGAAGACCCUCGGUUUGCUGCGCAAUCUGCUGUCAACACGCCCACACAUAGACCAGAUCAUGAGUUCUCAUGGGAAGCAGAUAAUGCAGGCCGUGACCCUCAUCCUGGAAGCAGAGCACAGUAUAGAGGUCAAGGAACAGACACUGUGUAUCCUAGCCAACAUCGCCGAUGGCAACACAGCCAAGGAACUCAUUAUGACCAAUGACGACAUGCUCCAGAAAAUCAAAUACUACAUGGGGCAUUCGAAUGUGAAACUGCAGCUCGCUGCCACCUUCUGUAUCUCAAACCUUAUCUGGAAUGAAGAAGACGGUUCUCAGGAGCGUCAGGACAAGUUGAGGGAGAUGGGCUUUGUGGACAUCCUGCACAAACUCACCCAGGCCUCUGACCCCAACCUCAGUGACAGGGCGAAGACGGCGAUGCAGCAGUACCUAGCAUGACUACAGAGGAGAGAGACGCCCUACUGCCAGCCUAACUAACAAUCGCCAGGAGGACGCCUGCCAUUGGUCCUUUUGUUUCUUGUUUUGUUUAUUGUCGAAGCUUGUUUUGUUGCACAAAGACACCUUUUUUGGACCCGUGGCUGGCCUCCCUUCACCUCCUACCCACCACCCAAAACUACCACCUCAGCCAAGCCUCAACAAUUUUGUUCACUCCAAACCUCAUCUUGGAGACUCUGAGACCGUGGUUGUUGGCAAAUCAAUGAAGAGAUUUUCUUUUUCCUUUGGGACUUUGUGAUUUGAGAGUUGUAAUUUUUUUUUUCUUUUGGAGUGCUGCAGACUGAAACCAGCACCACCUUGGUGCUUUUGGACUCCCACUGGUAGAGAUUCUGGUCUCAGAGCACCGGACUGCAAGGUUUGAUACAAGAUCAGGGCUGUUGGACAGCAAAGCUUCCUUCCUUAUUUUUAACAUUUUUAAAUAAUAUUACUCUUAAUAUUAAUGUUUCCUUAAAAGGCAUCACAAGCAAGGACACAUUUGGAAAAACACAGACUGCCUAUUUUGAAAUGGGUGUUUUCUUUUUUGUGGAUACAUACCUCGUAAAUAUAUAAAUAUAUAUAUAAAUAUAUACAUAAAUAUAUAUUUUUGGAUUUUUAUUUUUCCCUGACCCGCUUUGUUUUUGUUCAUUCUCUCUGAACCAUGAUUCUUGGCACAGUAGGGUGAAUCCACUGCAGUCUGAUUCAGUGUGUAUUUGACAGUGAACAUGGCCUAUACAAGGAAAAGAAAUGUAUUUUCCCCCUGUGUUUUUUUUUUUUUUCUCCCCCCCUCACUGUUGUGAUUCUGCGUGCACUGGAGCCUGCCGCUUCUGUCCAAUGUCCUUAUGAUCCCAAUGGGAGAUGUAGUUCCAGAGUGCUUACUCUGACCUGCCCCGUUACUAAUUAACAGGCAUGAGUACACAGAACACCAGAGAUGGGAGGAUGCAUGUAUCCUCACACCUCUAUUGAAUAAGAUUUAAUAUCUGUUGCUGUUUUUGGCAGCCCCCUCCUUCUGUGUGUGUGUGUGUGUGUGUGUGUGUGUGUGUGUGUGUGUGUGUGUGUGUGUUUGUCAAAAGGGAUAAAUGAAAGCUCCUGGGUUUGUUUUUACUAAGAUAGGUUCUGAAAUGCAAGCAAGGGUAGAGUAGAUGUAAGGAAUAAAGAAGAACAACUUGAGACUGGCCCCUGGAGGGUAGGGCACCAAAAGUGCACCCACAGCAGCUGAAACAAGUGCUACAUUGUGUUUGAUCCCUGUAUCAUAUAAUUUCUUCUCCCAUCAGGAUAUUUCUAGAGUGUUGUUCCCUGACAUUUCAAACCUUAUGGAAACUCUGAUAGAAUGAAUGUUACCAUUGGAAAAUAUAUGCAGACCUGAAGAAGGAUU